AUGACACAGCUCUAUCGCACAUAUAAAGAUAAUUGUGAGUUAGAGGGUAGAGAAUGCCUUGGCCGUAAAUUAUUUGACAAAUUAUUUUUGAAAUUCAAUCUGAGCCUAUUCCACCCCAAGAAAGAUCAGUGUGACGUUUGUUGCAGUCAUAAAACUGGAAACAUUACGGAUGAAGAAUACGCUCAUCAUGUUUUGAAGAAAGAUCGAGCCAGGAAAGAGAAAGAUACUGACAAAGGUAUUGCACAGUCCGGAGCUUGUCACGUAUUCACACAGGAUGUUGAAUCGGUAAAAUUGGCCCCGUAUCUUCAAGCCAGUGCUAUUUAUUAUAAAACUAAAUUAUGCGUCCAUAAUUUUACAUUAUACAAUUUAGCAACUAAGGAAGUAAUGUGUUAUUGGUUCGAUGAGUCAAAUAGCACGCUUGAAGCCUCUGUUUUUGCUUCAUGCUUAUUAGACCAUCUAGAGAAGAUUUUGAGUCAGAAAUUAUUGCCUGUGAUUUUAUAUUCCGAUGGCUGUUGUGCUCAAAAUCGCAAUGUUACCUUAAGCAAUGCUUUAUUACGUUUAGCGUUUGAAAAAAAUAUUGUGAUUACUCAAAAGUACCUGGAAAAAGGCCAUACCCAAAUGGAAUGUGAUUCCGUACACAGUGCAAUAGAGUGUAAAUUAAAAGGUAAAGAAAUUUACCUUCCACAACAAUACAUGGCUAUAACUAAAACAGCUAGAAGUGAUCCUAUGCCUUAUGAAGCUCGUUACUUGGACUAUACCUUUUUUACCGACUUUUCGAAAGAAUUAAUUUAUAAAUCUAUACGGCCUGGUAAAAAGACAGGUGACCCAGUCGUCACAGAUGUACGUAUGCUAGAAUACAGACCUAAUGGCACAAUUUGGUAUAAAGUUGGUUUUGAUGACGAGCUUCAGCCGUUACCAUAUCGUCCCACGCCUAUUAACAGAAUUAAACAAAUGAAUCACCUGCCGAAAUUGUAUGCAGCUAGAAUACCAAUUACAAAGCGGAAGUAUGAAGAUUUGCAAGACCUAAAACGUGUAUUACCAUCUAGUUGCCAGUCUUUUUAUGAUGACCUUCCGCACAGUAAUCGCUAA